UACAAAUGAGCAAAAAUAUAGGCGCAUUACAGAAUUCAAAUGCCCUAGCAUCAGAGCCAUAUCAGUCUGCAGUGGCUUGGACCCUUCUCGAUCGAAAUUCUUCUUGAAGCAAUUGUCCUACGCAUAGAUAUUCUUUUCAACCAUAUGAGUCUUUCCCAUGAUGUCUAGAUCCCGACAAAUAGCAUCAAGUGGGACAUCCCGGGUCGAAUCGGUACCUCAACAGCCUAACAAUACAUCAACAGUUCGAGUUCCAGGAACACUCAGAUUAAGGGCAGAAAAUGAACCAACGGUCGAGUCUAACACUGAGAACAGAGGUUUGCACCGGCAUAUACGGUGGAGUGAGGAUGUCAUAGAUAAUGAAGGAAUGGGGAAAAAGAGUUCCAAAGUAUGCUGCAUCUACCAUAAAGCUCGACCAGUCGGUGAAAGUAGUUCAGAGUCUGAGUCCUCUGAUUCUAAUUCAUCUGACCCCGAUAGCGAUAAUGAGAUAGGCAAUCCCAGGAACAUCCUGGACCGUUCGUUGGUGCAUCGUAAUACCGACAAUCAGUCUCAUGACCAUGAAUCCGAACAUGACAGGGAAAGAGGGCAGCUACCAUGUUGCCCAAAUCACGGUCACAGAAAGCCUAAGCGGAGGAGACCAAGUCCCAAUGCCUACGAGAAGAUGCCUAGGACGACAAAAGGGCGCUAAAUGAUCCAACUCUCGUCUAAUUUACAAUACUCAGCAAAAUUCAACUGGACCAGCUCUCGCAUCUUGUCAGUAUAUGUUGUGCAGAGUUAGCCUUUGCAGUCCGCAAAGGUUUGUCAGCUCAACUGGUCAUCUACGAAAAAGUGAUGGGGCUGAAACAAGUGUUGCCGUUCGU